AUGAUUGUGGAUCCAAAUGAAGAUACUGAAUGGAAUGACACACUGAGAAAUUUUGGAAUUUUUCCUUCAAAAGAAAAACCGAAAGAUGAAAUUGGAGAAAUGGUUUUACACUUGCAGAAAGAAGCAGAAGUGAAACCAUAUGAAAGAAUGAAUCUUGAAGAAUUGAAGGAAGCUGAAGAUGACGAUGACAAUGAUGAUAGAAAAGCUUUUGAAAUGUACAGGAAGAAACGCAUGCAGGAAUGGAAGUGUCUUCAGAGGAGGCCAAAGUAUGGGGAGCUAAGAUAAAUUUGUGGAGAGCAGUAUGUAAAGGAAGUUAAAAAUGCUCCAGGCGAUGUUUGGGUUAUAAUUCAUCUUUAUUGGUCAAGCAUCCUGAUGUGUUUGCUGGUUAAUGAACAUCUCAGCCUGCUAGCCAUAAAGUUUCCAGAAGUCAAUUUUCUCAAAGCCAUUGUGAACAGCUGUGUUCAGAAUUACCAUAACAGAUAUUUGCCCACAAUACUUGUAUAUAAAACUGGUGAAAUAAAAGGCAGCUUCACUGGAGUAGCUGAAUGUGGGGGAAUACGUCUUAAGGUGGAAGAGCUCGAGUCAAAACUAGCAGAAGUUGAAGCAGUAGAAACCGACUUAGAAGAAACCCCCAAAGACAUUAUGAAUAAGAUGACACUAUCAGCACAAAAUAUUUUUGCUCAUGAAAACACCAAUACAAAAAGCUGUGAUACGAAACGCUGUGUUGCUUGA